AUGUGGAAGCUCGCCAAUGUGAACCCUAUACCCGAAAAAUCUCCUUUGACAGAGUGUAAUCAGUUGAGGCCUAUAUCGCUCACAAACAUCAUUAUGAGAUUAUUUGAAAGGGUAGUUUAUAAACAGGAGAUUGCGUCUGCAUUCAAAUCCGUGAUCGGACGAGAUCAAUUUGCUUAUAAAGAGGGAAGAAAUACUACCGAUACUCUGAUUAUGUGUUUGCAUCAUUGGCUCAAGUGGCUGGAUGAAGGUGCAGACUCUGUUAGGGUAACAUCAUUUGACUAUAAGAAAGCGUUUGACUCGGUAUCCCAUAACAUUAUUUGUGAAAAAUUGAAAACACUCGAAAUUAAUCGGUAUACUAUAAACUGGAUUAUUAGUUUUCUGGCCAACAGAAAACAAAGAGUUGUUGUCGAUGGCAUAGAAACUGUUUAUGUUGAUAUCAACAAAGGCGUACCUCAGGGUACGGUUUUGGGUUCCUUUCUAUUUUCGUUGAUGGUUAAUGAUAUAAAACCCAUGGAUGCGCAAAAUAACCUAUUGGUUAAAUUUGCUGACGAUAUAACGACAAGUGCUCCAGUAAAAUCAGGAUCGGAUUCUGCUGAGGCUGAGGUGGAAAGCAUUCAGAAUUGGUCGGACGCAAAUCAAAUGACAUUAAAUCUUUCUAAAACGUGGGAAAUGGUUGUGCACUGUGGGUCCAUGAAACCGUUACCGGCAUCGAUUGUAGGCAUUGAACGAAAGAGCUGGUUGAAAUUAUUAGGUGUCACAUUUCAGGAAAAUCCAUGUUGCUGGGAUCUUCAUAUCGAUGAUCUUCUGUCGAAGGCCAGCGGGCGUAUGUACAUAUUGAGAGUGUGUAGAUACUAUGGUUACUCUGUAGAUCAGCUAAGCAAAUUAUUCGAUUCGCUAAUCAUGUCACUCUUUUAUUAUUGCAUUCAAGUGUGGGGCUCUGCUCUCCAAAAGAAAUAUUUGGAUCGUAUAGACAAGUUUUUCCGGCGGGCUUAUCGUUAUGGAUAUACGACAAAGAGUAUUAAGAUAUCUGAAGUGAUCGAGGAGAGAGACAGAAAAUUAUUCAGCAAAAUCGUAUCGAAUCCAGAACAUGCCCUACAUGAAUUGCUUCCUGUGUGUAAACAAAGGAUCUUAAGACAAAGGGAACAUAACUUUAUUUUACCUCAAAUUAAAACGGAGCGAUUUAAACGAUCCUUUAUAAAUAGAUGUCUUUUUAACUAUUUUUAACUUUUAUAUAAUUAAUUAGGAUAGAUCAAUUUUUUUAACUGUAACAAAUAGGAAUUUGACAUCUGUAAAGUUGCACGUCUGUUGUGACUCUAGACAAUAAAGACUUUGAUAAUAAAAUAAUAAUAAUAGUGCAAUGUUUCAAGGCAGCUAAGCCUAAAGUAGCCUGUGCCUGCAUGUGUCGCUGGCCCUCGUUGGGUCAGUAUGAUAAAACCUAAAUAAACUCUUGUUAAAUUGACCAAUAAAAACUCAGACAAAAUUGGGGAAAACCCCUCGUGAAAAAAAAUGUGUUCCCCUGACACCCUGCAUGUUCUGAAUCAACCAAGAAAAGGUCGACGGAGCAUUUAAUCACGGCUGAAUAAAACCCGGCACGCUAUAUUGUAAUAUUUGCCUUGUAUAAAUAAAUAGUUUCCGCCAUGGAGUUUGGCAAUAUGGUACUUGUUGCGACUAUAAUUUUGGCUUUCUAUAAAUAGCAAUGAUAUUUGUUUAAUUGUUUGUACUUUCUUUCAAUUUUAUUGCCGUACACUCACAAAUUCAGUGUGUCUUCGUACUGCACGCAAAUAACCUUCUAGCAUAAAUGAAGAUCUAUACUUUUAGUACGAUCAAAUUAGUCCACAAAAGUUGUAUUUUAUUGCCAUUGGCAUUGUAUAUACUCAAACUUGCAAUAUUUGAAGUUGAAUGUUAUAAUAUAACAACUGUCAAACUGUUAGUUUUUAGCUGCAAUAUAAUUUAUAGCUACAUUAUAACAUACUAGCCCUAGGUUUUAUAAAUUUACGACAGGAAACACAUUAGUAAGACGUCUCUAUAUUACCCACAUCUCACUUAGGUCGCCGACAAAAUGAGUAUUUGCACAAUAUCUGCCAAAUUGUCUAACAGGGUGUGUUAUCUUUUAAAAUUCACCACGUGCAAACAAGAAUAUUUGCAAUAGUCGAUAGACGAUAAAUGAUCAAAAUGUGUUUUACAUUUCGAGAAAAAAAACCAACAUAAGUCAUAACGCGGGACUAUAUCUAAUGUUUAAAUUAAUUAUUUUUAAAGGUUGGGAAAAGUAAUAAGCCGUCAAAUUUCAUAUAAGAUAAAAAUAGAACAUCGUGAGCACCCAAAAGUUAUUAAUACUACGACUCUCUACUCUCUAGGUUAAAUUCUUGCCACCACAAUACUGCAAUCGCUUUCAAUUUCAUGAUUUCUGCUUUCAUGCUGCAGAAAUGAAUCUAAUGUCUACUGUCCGAAGAUUGGGUUUCUGUGCAUAACACGAUAUUAUGCUUCACCUGAUUUGUUUACAAAGCGACGUUUAUACUGUUGACCAAAGUUAGUGGGAAAUAUGCAUGCAAAACAGCUUAAUUAAUUCAGUGAUUUGUCUCCCCUCUCCAGUAUUUGGCCUGGUUCAAAUAAAGUACAAGAACUAAAGGUAAAUUGUGGCUAUCUAUUGCAAUUUUAGAGAGAAGAACUGUUUAUAAUGUGAUAUAGCUGAUUCAAUAUCCAAGUCGGCAAGUUACAAUGUGGAGACUAAAUACUGAAAUUAUCACGCUAGUAAGCGAUGUUUUUUCCUCUCAAGAGUUUGUGAAACUUUUACUAUUCUAUUGCUUAGUUCAAGAUUCAUAUAUCUAAAAUAGGGAGCAUUUUGUGACGAUUCCAACGUGUGGUUGAUUUUUAUCCUGUCAACAUGUGAGUUCGUCGGCCAUUUCGCGACGACCCAUUUGACCCUUCAAGUGGAUUUUACGAGAAAGCUCUUAAAUCGCAUCUUUUCAGUAGCCCAAAAAUUUUAUUGAAGUGUUCGAAUUAUAUAAUAGUCAUUUUACCCGAAUCCAUAUGCCAAAGUGCAAAUUUUGACUUUGAAGUAAAGCAUAUUUUUUCCAUGCGAAAAAUUGUCCAAGUUUAAAAUUCUGUAAAAUACUCAAAGUCAGUCCAAAUUCCAAAGUUUAACACUCGAAAUGCAGCAAAAUUAUCAUUCUUUCAUUAGAUGCAAAUAGUUUUUUUUUAAACAAAACGAGAAUUUUUAGGAAUUUUUUUCUGAUAUGUGUUGAAACGGUCUCAAAUCGUGAUCGUCGAGCGUAUAAACACAAAAUUGCAUUUUCCUCCUAAAAUAAAAAUAGGCCUACGUUUGGGCAUUUUUUGAGAAUUUUCGAUAUUUUUUAUUUUGACCGCCUCCGGUCGAUAUUUACAGACAUUCGCUCUUAAACGACUUCGCUUCAGUAAAAUCAAAAGAAAGGCAAUUUGGCGAAGAAGUAUAUUCAAGCGAAGUAAAAUAUCAGCUAAGCACUUUACUCUUUCUUUAGCCUGGUUCAGAUAUGCCUGCGGUAUGCCUGCGCUAUCAUUGUUCACACCUUUUUAGAGCAGUUGUUGAUGCAAUUCUUUUGUGAAUUAUUUGGUUGAACUACCAUAACGACAAUACUCAAUAGCCCGCCGACAUACCGCAUGUGUCUGUAGGUAAAUGUGAACCGGGCUUUUAUGUUUAAGCCAUUUAAAGUCCGUGCUUUAUCAGAUAAAAGACUCGAGCUGCGCUGUCGUGUUUUAUAUCUGAAAAAGCACUCCUGCUCGCGCUUUAAAUAGUACAUUAUACCGCACAGUCCCCACUCACUAUACAGUUGUCGUUUUGUGAUAGUUUUAGGUAAUGUUUGUGGUCUUUAACCCUAUUUGUACCGAGGUUUUUCAUGUUGAUAUGACCGGGGGUGCGCUGAUAGGGCGCACCCCUCAGAAAUUCUGGCGAUUAACUGCCAUUAUCCUAUAAGUUUUAUUUUUAGUAAGUUUUAUCUUUCUUUAACCUAAAAAUAACAAAAAGUUAAAUUCAUAUCCAAAAUGCUGUUUUUUGGCCCCAUUGAAUAUCACCGCCUAUCCAAAAAUGGCGAAUAUAGCUAAUAUUUAACCCAUUUUGGUUAUAUUUGGAAAGAGAUAACAAAACAUUUUGGAUGUGUUUUUUUUUGUCUUUUACAUUCAAAAGACAUACUUUUAUGUUAUAGCAUAUCUCAGAUGUCCAUAAACACCACUAUUUUACUUUCCAAGUUGGCAAUUCUGUGCCAUAUGAAAAGACAUACAACUGAAACUUACCUGUCUCUCAUAUAAAUAAUCCAAAUUAUUUUCAUGUUUCAACAUCACUGUUUUUACCUUCAUAUCAUUGUGACAGUGUCGAUCAUUGUUGUAAUAAUGUUCCAUAAAUCGCAUAAUAUUCGCAAUUGUUCAUUCUGUUGAAACUCUAGCACUUUUUGUUGGCAUAACUUCUUUAGUGUAAACAUAAACCCGGCAAGACACUGAAGUCGACCAACAGAAGUUUGUAGAAAAAAUACGAAAUGGAAACCAUGUUUUGUAUCAAUAUACUAUGUGUUACACGAAGUGUAAGGCAGGUGAGCUACUAGCCUGCAGUAUAGUUUUGAAAACACAAUAUAUUUACUUUGAAAAUCAUGGGAAUCAGUCUGAACUUUAUGCAAAAGUUUUACUCUAAACUGGAAAAUUUCUUGUACAAAAGUGUUCAAUAUAUAAUGCAUCCUACACGUUUGGUGCUUGCUGAAAGACAGAGAGAUGUUAUGCCUUGAAGGUACAAAGAAAUAUGUGUAUUUGAAUAUAUAACAAUAUUAUAAAUAAGUAUUUUAUAUUAUAUAAGUAUUGUAUAAUAUGCUAUAUUAUACCGUAUGUUAUACUAUAUAUAUUUUACUAUUUUAUAUAAUAUAUUAUGGAUAUUUUACUUUGCAAAACAUGUGUAAUAAUCAAUCUUUAUAUGUUCUCUAAUUAUAUUAUGUUACUUAUGUCCUGGGAAGUGAUUCAGCCAAAAAAUACUGUCCAACCCACGUUUUCCCAUUUUUGGCCCCGACACCUUGUUUGAUAAAUGUCGUCAAACGUCUGAAUAACUUUGAAUUUUGAGAAAAAAAUUUUCGCACUCAUGACGGUAGAGGAAAAAUAUUAAAAGUCAUAAAAGCACAGGCAAAUAGGAUCAUUUGUUCAGGAAUAAGGAUGAAAUAUUUCAUAAACGAGUGCGAGUGUUUUACCAGGGUUUCCAAACACCCGAGAACAAUGGAAUUCACGAGGCUGUUUACCAAGCGAUUUUUAUUGUUCUCGAGAAUUUGUAAAACACGAAAGACAACGACAAAGAAGGCCGGAAUGGCCGAGUGGUUUUUAUUGUCUUGAGUUUGUCUAUAGGUUUUUGUUAAAGUAGUGGCAGCAGCAAUGAUUUAUCGUUGUGAAUGCCAAAUUUGAGGGGGGGACGGAACUUCAUCAUGUGGAGUAACUUUAAAUGACAAUGGUUAGCUAAUUAAACGCCAUUUUUUGAUGACUUAACAGGUGGAUGACGCUAAACUGACUUUGUGCAGUGCAAUUUAUCAAGCGUGCAAAUUCUAUUCGCCGGAUAGUGAAUUAAACGCGGUGGUUAGCGAGUUAAACGCCUUUCGAACAACCGGGACGACGCCUUUACCAGUUUGUGUAGGAGUAAAUUCUUUUCUUAUGAAAGAAAGUUGAAAAUCUCGGAAUUUGGGAGCAAUGUCUUUUUGGAAAAGAAAGGGUUUUUGAGAGUGGUUAUGAUGCGAAUCGUGAUUGUUUUCGCCUAAUUCUUUAAGCUAUACGUCUAAACUGAUUGUAUAUAUUUCUGCUAUUUCAGAUAUCAAUGAGUGCUCUCAAAGUCCUGCGAAAUGUGAAGAUGGUCAGACGUGCAAAAACUACCCUGGUACAUAUCGUUGUCGUUGCAACAGUCCUGGUACCUAUCUAGUUAAUGGAUCCUGUGAAGGUGCGGAAAAUUUGUCUACAUUUACCAUUCGAAUUAUUUGAUUCUAUGUUGGUACCAUGUUGAUCAGACAAGGCAUUUACGUUACCGUUUGCGGCCAGUAAUUUUGCCACCCCACAUGGCGAAUUCAUUGGCAUGACGUAAUAUUCUAGGGUACCUCCAAAUCCUUAAUACUAUAAUAGGUAUAAUGGGGACUUCCACGAAGAUGUUUCGAACAUGCCAUGGAUAUGAUAAUGGUAUUGAUUAAGCCUCGUACCCAGGUGCUUUGAUGUCUUUGAUGUUGCGUGACGCGCGCGCGGGAGUGCACGCGUGAGGAUAGAGAAAAUUCUGAAGGAAGCGCCUGGGAGAAAGUGCUUUCAAGAUGGCGGAAAAAACAAUUGAUUUGUAUUUUUGUCUUGACAACGAUAGUGAAGAUGGUCACUAUAAACAGGUAAACAUUUUAAAAUUCAAAUUACAAUUUUUGUAUUUCAUGAAAAGAUGUUGGGAAUAAGUAGUAGAAUGUACUCUAUCUUUAAGAAAAUAAGUCACAAGUGUUUAUAAUGUGGUUGUAGUAACUUGUAGAUAAAAACAUUUUUGCAUUAUAUUCUUAUACUGUAACUGUAUGCGAUAAUUUCAUCCCUACAUCCCGAAAAAUAGUUGCACAAUACAGGCAUAUGAAAUAAAACUAUGAUGUGCUGGUAUACUAAAGAGAGAAUUAUGGAUUUAUAUAGAUUUAGCCAAUUAAGGUUUUAUAAGGGUUUUGCUAUGCUUGAGCUUGUGAUAAUUGUCGAACCCACUGAACUGGUGCAGGACAGAGGUCAGCUGUUAGGGGCAGCUGAUGAGAGAAGUGAGAAGGCAUGUUUUAUAUCUAGGAUAUCGAUUGUAGUUUAUGUCCUCUCUGAUAGUUUGUUGUAUUUUUAAAAGGCCAUAACUGUAGUUCUGCCAUAUUUCUGGUGUCCUUGAUGUAAUUAAGGGCUGUUAAUGCGACAGGUAGCCCAAUAAGCGUGACCUCGCUGUGUGGUUAUUUUAAUAUUUUUAUAGUGGAAAUUCCUUUCAGUUUGUAUGGACAACCUAACUGGCUCAGUUUAUCAGAUCUCACUUAAACAAAGCAAGAUCUCAGUUAUACCGGGAGGUCAUUUUAUGGCUAUAUACUAACUAUACUGAUAUACUAACCGGACUGACUGUCAAAAUAAAGUCAAAACAACAAAAUUGGUCAUGAAAAUAUUGUCAAAACAAUAGAGAUGCAGAAUUUCCCAUCAAUGAGUCCAUGCCACUGCUGUUACUGUUAAUGCUGCCUCCUCCACAGGCCCUCGUUGUAUCAUGGGAAGGUCACGAUUUCGAGAGGGCCUGCGGAAUCUUGUAAAAUGAAUAAAUGUUGUUUUGAACCUGCUUCGUUAAAGAAGGCAGUUUUAUUCGGGCAACGUUGGUGUGGACAAGAAACCUUAUCGUUAAAAAUGCUUCCUUCCACGUCCUAAGAGUCGCCAGUUGAAUUUACAAGUUUCACACCGCUUUUUUAUAUCUGUUUGUAUUCAAGAUAUGUAGAAAUUUACUUGCUGACGUGACUCCGGCGCCAUUGUUUUUACAAGAUUCAGCAGGCCCUCGCCAGAUCGUGACCUUCCCAUGACGCAACGAGGGCCUGCGGAGGAGGCAGCUGUUAAUGGAACUCAAUACCAAGCAACAUGUUUGAAAAUUAAAGAUGCAAAAUCUUGAUUAAUUUUGUAUUAUUUUAAUUAACCUUUGUCAAAGAAUAAUUAUCAAAUUAAUAAUUAUUAAACCUAACUGUACAAUCGAGUUAUACAUGUAAUGGAGUAUUAUUAUAACUUUGUAGCUCUAUAGACUAUUCUUCCGCGGUUCCACAUUUUGAUGCCUUGGGCCAUUUCUUGUAGUACAUAUAUAACACAUUCCCACAUGCAAAGUUAUAGAGAAAAGUAAUUGUUAUUUCUGCCAGUUAGGUCUGGCAAGUGCUAGUGCACCACUACUCUUGCGUUUUGAACAUUCAAAAGAACUUGUAUUAAUCUCGAUAAACAGUAUUUUUUUCCUCCCGAUUCACGCUAAAUUUUUAGUGUUUUCACCAUGUGACGGUAACCGAAAUUGAGCAAUAAUCACGACUCACAAUAUACCCCAUCAACACUCUCUAACAUAUAUAUGUUGGGAAAUUGAUAAUUUUGUAAUUAAAAGUGAUAUUUUUAGGCGGUUUUUUAUUUGUAAGAAUAUUCUUAAAAAAUUAUCGUGUUACCAUGACAACUACUUUAGAUACUUCAUGUUCGGAAAAUACAAUGUUUUUGUCAGCAAGGCGAGGGUUUCUGCAUGCAUGUAUUUUCUAGUUAUAUAGUUAUCAUUCUUAUCAAUAUUCAAAACUUUACUAUCCGGUGUGGAUAUACACUCGAUCAGAGUAACAUCACAAACAAAAGUACAUAAAUCAAGAAAUCAUAUUGGAAUGUAUAUAAAAUAUACGAGAAAAAUUCUUACAAAUUUACCUUCAAAAGAAAUAUAUUGAAAGGAUUCAUCGAUCUCGUCCAUACUUCCAUCGUGAAGAAAGCAAAAUACGUUAAAAAUCCAGAAAAGUGAACAAUGGGUUGGAAUUUCAGAAAUUGACAGAAAUCUCACAAAUCGACACGUUUUCUGCGAAGCGCUUCCGCGUCCCGUAGUGAGCUAUACGCACCUCGAUUCCCGCGCGUGCGUCACGCAACCGCUUAGCACAUCAAAGCGCCUGGGACGAGGGUGGUAUUGACUUAUCACAGGAAUGGAUUUUUAACACGAAAAAAAUAAUUUACUGAGUGGUGUGUUCCUAAAAUUACGCAAUUCAAAACCAAAACUAAUUAAGAGAAGAUGGUAGCCUAAUAUAAUUCUUAUUGACCACGUGAAUAACAUAAAGCUCCAUUCAUAUGUUUACAAAAUGUUCCUCAAACGCAAUAUUUUACACAGUAAAUUCCUUGAUAUUGUUUAUAUCUGGUUUAUUAGAAAUUUAAUUCGUCAUCAAACAUGGCGGUAAAAACAAAAUGUAUAUUAAUCGUUUUAUCCCCGAGCCGACGGCGCGAAGCCCCGUGCGAGGGUACUAAUCCCCCCCGGCUAUUUACACCCAGGGAAACGAAAGCAUCAGCGAAGUCUAAAGUUCAUCAAUGAUCGCGGGCGUGGCUUACCAACGAUGGGUGGGCAUCCGCACUGAUCUCAAAAAUAUGGCGGACUGUCAUAAAUAGCGGACACUGAUUGGUCCAUUUAAAGUUUGCAUUAUAACGACUGCAUGAAGACAGCGAAAUAGCAUACAUCUCUUGAUUUGAUGAUUGAUAAAUUUCUUGCAAAUAUAUUUCAUUUUUUCCCGUAUUUUUGCAAGAUUUUAUAAAUUUCAAAAGCUUUCUCAGAAAGAAAGGGCGAAAGAAUCGGCUAAAAGAGGGGAGCCGACGUUAACGAAGGUAAGUUUGUUUUAAAUAUUGAUUUUAUAAUUGCUUUAAAACUCGAUCGACGGCCUUUGCGUAUAUGAAACAACUAAACAAGACAGCAUAUAAUUUCAGUGUAUCUUUAAUAUUGACUCCCUUUUUUAUUAUAUUGAAUUUUUUAAAUUAAAAAGAAAGCAAAUUUAUGUGCAUGCGAGAAUUUGAAAUCAUUUUAUUGGAAACUCAAAGUUUAUCGAUAAUGACAUUUAAUUAAAGGCAGUUUAGUUUUAUAAAGAACACUUUAAAACGUUUUGCGAAGCGUUUGUGGUUGAAUUUUAUCUUAAUUAAAUUGAAGCUUAUAUUACGCAUAAUAACAUACCUAACAUAUACAUAUAUGUUGGGAAAUGAUAAUUUUGUAAUUAAAAGUGAUAUUUUUAGGCGAUUUUUCAUUUGUAAAAAUAUUCUUAAAAAAUGAUCGUGUUACCAUGAAAACUACUUUAGAAACUUCAUUUUCGGAAAAUACAAUGGUUUUGUCAGCAAGGCGAGGGUUUCUGCAUGCAUGCAUGUAUUUUCUAGUUAAAAGGUGUCCUGCGAAAACAUAGCUGACGCGCUAUAAAACUGUCUUAAAAGUAAGCAUAAAAAGCAUAAAAAUUUGUACAUGUCAUGUAUAAAAAUUUGUUUGCAAGAAUUUCUUAAGCGUAUUUAGAAUUGACUUAAUCAGGAGGCCUGCUGAAAUGUCACUAUUUUCUCUAUGACAUUUCAAAGUGAAUACGAAUUUUUGAUUUUUUCUUAAGACAGGAGCUUGCCCAUUGUACAUUAUAUAAGUAAUAAGUUCAAUGUUUACUAUUCUAACAGGAUUGAUAUGUUAUAAAUUCCAUACUUACUGUUCUAAGUGAUCUCAAUGCAAGUUUCGUAUUUCAAUUAACCAAUUAGUAGUGUAUUUUUUCAUUUGUAUAAAUUAUUAGUAUCUUUGUUGUUUUUAUUUAGAUGUGUUUACAUUCAAGUGUGCAUUUGUUGUGGAAAAUCGGGAGUUUAUGCCUGCCUACAAUGACUGCAAUAGCCUUCAGUAUUUGCAAUUUGCUGAACAGGUGGAAGCGGCUGUAAGUGAUUGAUUUCUUAUAGCAAAAAAUAUAGUUUUCAGAAGAAAUUGCAUUGAUAAAUUAUAUCAUUAUUGAUCAUUUUAUUGAUAUUUCACAGGUGAAGAAGUUGUUCAAAAAGACUAAAUUUGCAUCUAACUUAACUGGAUGUGAAGUCAUUUCUAUCAAGUAA